AUGACUCCGGCCGAGUUGUUCCGUGAGAAACCCGUCCUUUUCAGGAUCAUAAUUGCGGUGACGUGUCAGCACGAUGUGGAACUACAAUCAAGGCUCUGUAGUUUGUGCCGAACAGAGAUCGCUCAUCGAAUUUGGGACCAGAGCGAAGUCUCGCUAGACCUCCUCCAAGGCAUCUUGGUUUUUAUAGCUUGGCGCCACAUCCACAUACACCUCGGCUCAACACUUUCCAGCCUCAUUCAUAGUGCUAUAGCUCUCGCGGUAGAUCUCGACAUCUAUCAUGAGCCUCGCCAGGCUGCAAAGGCCAGGCUAGGUGCCCUGGUUGGCUCCGAAUCUAUUGGCAAUGGAGAAUUGAGAACUUUGGAACAGCGGCGGGCCCAACUUGGCCUUUUCUGGCUGUCUUCAGUACUUUCGGCCUGUCUAGGAGAUGUUGCUGGUGUAAAGUCGAACUCAUCAGUAGCCAACAGCUGCCAUAUCUUGGAGCAGGCUAAAGAGUGUCCAUCAGACCUGCACUUGGUGAGAUUAGUACAGUUGCAGAUGACAGCUGAGACAGUUAUCACGGCCAUCAGCGAGGAUGACGGAAGUAAUAAUUUGAAGUUUUCAGCACAUGCAAUGUUCGAUUUGCUGGGAAGGGAGGUUAAAAAAGCUGAUCCUUCACGUUUGCCGCCCAGUGACAGGUCCUCGUCUGUACUCCUCUCGUUAUCCUACGACAUCGUACGUCUACUGCUAUAUCGAAGCUACCUGGAUGGGGUGUCCCACAACAUGAGCCAUGAUGAUCUACAUGCCCACGGCAUUAGCGCCGCGGCUCGGUGCACUUCGCUCGUUUUUUCAACUGCCGACGCCGCUAAAGCGGCAAUCAUGGCUUUCCUGGCCCUCGAUGGCUAUACGGUAUUAGCUUUACCAUACCCUCAUUGGGCUCAGAUGGGCCACGCCAUUCGCACUUUAGCUCGUAUCCUCACCAUGAAGUCGGAGGCGUCAGAGUCUCUCCCGGCAGUAGACCUUCUCAAGCUUUUUGAACAAGUGCCGGCAAAGGUAGAAGAAGCGUUUAGUCGAGGCAUGCAAUGUCCCAUGCCCAGACGCUUGCCCGUCAUCUUCCAGGGGUUCCGAAAGACCGUGUCAGACUUCACCGAAAGCACAGGUGUUACCCCCCUAACGCAUAUGCCCCUAGACUUCGGACCGGGGCAGACCAACCAGCCCGAUAACCAACUUAACGGCAUGAAUAUGGGAAUGUACGAGGGAGAUGAGGACUUUAUGAUGGACCUGUUUCCGGAUGGCGGAUUUCAACUCAACUUUGAUCCAGCGUGGACCUAUUGA